AUGGCCACAGCCACUGGUGUGUGUGUGUGUGUGUGUGUGUGUGUGUGUGUGUGUGUGUGUGUGUGUAUUGGCGCCGUGGUGCUGGCCAACUUGGCCUACAAGGCCGUUUGCAGCAUCAUUGCUUACUUUGGACGCCCUGGUAUCCCCCUCAAGAAGUUUGGCGAAUGGGCCGUUGUGACGGGCGCAACGGACGGCAUUGGUCGUGCCUACGCCUUUGAGUGCGCUCGCCAAGGCCAAAACGUUAUCCUCAUGAGCCGCACCCAAGCCAAGCUGGAUGCCACCAAGCAAGAAAUCCAGGCCAAGUAUGGCAACGUGCAGGUUGAGACGGUGGCCAUUGAUUUCUCCAAGCCCUCCGCCUCCUGGCGUGCGGCUGUUGAGGCUGCCAUCAAGGGCCGCAACAUCGGUCUCCUUGUGAACAACGUGGGUAUCUCGUACGACUUCCCCAACUACUUUCUCGAUCUCUCCGAGGAGCGCGUGGCCCAGCUGCUGGCGCUCAACGUCGAGACGGCCACAGUCAUGUGCCGCAUUGUCCUGCCUGGCAUGGCCGAGCGUCGCAGCGGUGCCAUUGUCAACGUCAGCUCGGCCAGCGGUAGCAUGCCCACCCCGCUCCUCUCCAUCUACUCGGCUACCAAGGCCUACAUGGACUUUAUGUCCCAGGGCCUUGACGCUGAGUACAAGAGCCAGAACAUCUCCGUGCAAAGCUUGAUGCCUCUCUUUGUCACCACCAACCUCAGCAAGAUCCGCAAGUCUAGCCUCUUGACUCCCACCCCCGAGACUUUUGUGCGCUCCGCCGUCAAGACCAUUGGUGUCGAGAACCGCGCCUCGGGCUACUUUUUCCACGAUCUGCAGCUUGGCAUUGCCAGCCUUCUCCCCAAGUUCAUCGUCGAUAAGCAGCUCUGGAACAUGCACCUCAGUCUCCGCAAGCGUGCCCUUCGCAAGCUGGAGAAGGGCAAGUAAAACCGCCACCGGCCUUUGCAUCCGAGCAGUCUGCUUCCUACUCACUUGAGUAUGUAUGAUGCGAGUCAGGAGAGAGCAAGCUCAACGUAUGUUGCGAGUCAGGCGAGAGAAAGCUCAAGAUUCAAUCGUGUCGAGCUCUGCCCUUCUCUGCCUCGGAGCCUGCCUCAUCUCUUGUUUGGCAAACCAUGCAAUCGACCUGAAACCAC